CGACGAUCGCAACGUCGCGACGAAGAUGCUGGCGACGACAGCCAAGGAUAGGUUACUCGAGGUGGCCUUUGAGCCACCGCCAGGCUGCACGGCGGCGACAGGCCAGUGGGCUCGCCUCCUAACUUGCUCUCGCCCCGUCUCUGACAACGUGCCCAUACCUCCGCUGAGAAGGCAACAAAGAUGUCGCCGUGACCCGUCGCCAGAGUCCUCCUCUUGCACGCUAUCCCCCAUCAUUCUUCUCGACGAGCACGACAGAAGCAGCCCUCACCGCAAUCGCCAGGUUGGCGUCCAAGCGUCGUCGCGCUCUUCGCAGUGCCUUGUGCAAGGCUAUUGUGGGACGUGA